GGCGUUUAUUUUAUUAUUUAGCUUAAGUUAAAAAUAACUUACAAGUGAUGAACCAAGUAGCCAUCAUCUCGGCCUGGUUUUGAACUCGGUAAAUAGUAAAUCUAAACUAAGAGAAGAUAAGUCAUCCUAGACAAAUUCAGUGAGAACCGUGAAAAAUGCCUAACGUAGCUGGUUAUUUAGCUGAGCAGCAACGAAAGAGUACAGGAGAUAUUGCUACAGAAUGGGGAGUUCUUGAGGAAUUUUACAAUAAAAAGUAUACAUUUUUUUAGUCUAAUACAUAUUUUAGUUUAAAGACUGCUACUCCGCUUUUUUGUGGGGAUUGAUAGCUCCGCUAAAUGAGUAAAUCAAAUGACGGGGCCAAGAGAGUGCGUGAUUCAUCAAAAUAGAAGAAAAUAUAGUCAUUAAAUUUAUUUUAAAAUCAUUAGGCAUGAUUAUCAUUUGGCUAAUAAUAAUUCGAAUAGUAAUAGAAAUGAUUAGUAAUAUAGGCAUCUCCUUGUAUAAUAGCCUACAUUAAAUACAUUGUUAUUUCAUAAAGAUAUUGAAUAAUUUCGUAUCAUACAUACAUUGUUACGAAAUUAUUCAAUAUCUGUAUGAUAGUAAUAUAGUCUGGUAAAUAAUUUAUAAUAACAAUAAGACAGAAUUUAUUAUUAAUUGAAAUAAAAAACCUUUUUGUUAAAUUCAGUAGUGUAAGGGUUAGUAAGUCUGUAAGUCGUUAUUAUUUUUUUGCCCAGUUUGGGUUAGUGUUAAGGCAAGGUAAGGCCAGCAAUGGCAAAUGGGUCAUGAGUUUGAGGGUCCUUCCAGGUCCACUUUCACACUUUCAGGGCUACUCUAACUCUAGUUAUUCAAAAGAUUCACAUUUUUCGCUUUGUGUUUAUUUGAUUCAUUUUUUUUCCUCAUGUUUAUUUUUGUCUUCAUAGUGAUUAGGGGGAUGGGGGUGUUCCCCCUCCCUCCCCCUCUCUAGAAGAUUAUUUUGCAUUUUAAUUUUGUAUUGAAAGUGGGGGUGAGGUGUGGAAAGGAGCUUCCCCUCCCCAAAAAAUUAUGGUGAAAUUUCCAGUGAAAUGGCUACUUGACAAAAAUGAAUGGCAUACACAGGUAGUUUGAUUAUGAACCAAUCAAAAAACAGCACUAUUAACGAUUAGUGUGCAUCUUUUUUUUAAAAACUUGUGUUUAUCUCGGGGUAUCAGUAAGCAUAUGUUUCUUUUUUCAUUUCUUUUGAACCUUGUAAGUUGAAUUUUAAUAAAAACAAAUGGAAAAUUUCAUUUUAAUAUGCUUGUUGUUAUAAUUAUCAGUAUCGAUUGUCAGAUAUAGUUUAUGAUGUGAAUAAUGCUCAGUGAAGAACAGGAAAGUUAUCACAUACAGUUCAGGUCUAUUCACUCUAAGUCCAGUGUUGGCAUUCCCCAAAGUGAUGUCACUGCACUUAGGGUGAGACAGCUCUUGACAAAAUCCAUACCACUAGCCCAAACUUUAACCUAUUUUUUAAUGAUGUAAAAUAAAGUGUAAUAAGCAUGUUCGUUAAAGCACAAUGCUUAAAUUACUUUAAAAUAUUUAAAUAUAAAUUCUUAAAAUAUUAUUUUAACAUUUUUAAUUCAGUUGUUUUUAAAUGUUUUUAUAGAUUGUGGCAUCAGAUCACUCUUAGGCUUCUACAGUUUGUCAAAAAUCCUAUCUUUGCCAAGGGAGAUGGACUUCUUCGUGUAUGUCUUUUUUUUUCAAAUUUAAUCCAUGGAAAAACAAAAACAUUGAGAUUUGCAAUGGCAGAUGAAAUGAACUGAUCACAAAAUUAUUGUAACCAGAUAGUUAAAUGUCUUAUUUAAAAAAGAAAUAAUUUUAAAAUAAAUAUGCAAUCAAAGUAAUAAAUGUAUAGUUAUUAUUAGAAUAAUGAACCUUUUCAAAAUGUGGUUACACAUUACUUUCAGGAUUAAUAAUUUCUAGGGCAACUUUUAUUUCAUUAUUUCUUGCAAGUUCUUUAGAGAGUUUUAAAAAAAAAAACUAUGAAAUAUUAACAUAAUUGUAAUUUAUUUACGGAAAUAGACGUUUUAAUUUAAUCUUUGCUACUUUCAGUUGUAUGAGAAUUUCUUAUCUGACUUUGAGCAUAGGUGAGUAAAUAUUUGAAAGAAAACUAUAGAUUUACAAAGUUGUGUUGUUUACUGUACCCAUUGUAUUAAAAAAGCUUCCUUCAACUUUCAUUUUAUAUAUCAUUUUCAAUAAUAUAAGCAAGCAAAUGUGGUAAAACUGUGACAAAUAUGCACCACAGUAAAUUAAUAUAUAAACUGGUGAAUGAAAUACAAGGAAUGCAUAGUUUUCAUAUUAUGUACUUCUCUACAAAAUUGCUUAAAAUGUACCUUUAAGCUUUUGGGAUUUAAAUGGAAAUGAUUUCUUUCACAUAAAAAAAUGUUAAUUGUUAUGUUUAUUCUCGUUACAAAAUAUUGAGUUAAUUUAAUGUACAGUAGAACCCGGUCGACGGCCACAGGGUUUGCCAAAAAGCGCUGAGAUAACUGAUGAUCGAGAUAACCGAAAACCAAUAUGGCGGCAAGAUAUUAACAUGUGCUUGAAAUUUCUUUAUCUACAUGAUGUGCAUUAAUAAAUGCAGGUACUUCAGUAAAAAGAAAAAGAAAAAACAUUUUAAAAAAAUACUACAGUUAUUUAGAGCAAAUUUCAAAUUUAAAAAAUGAAACCAGAAUCAACUUUUUAAUUUAAGUACUUUUUGAGCUAUGAAUUUUUAUAGUGCGAGUUCGUUUGGUAUUUUCUACUAUGGACGAAGCCUCCACAUUUUGUGACCUCAUUCUGCUGAUCGUUUCUUGCGCAAUGACUAUAUAGUUUAUAUAAGGCAACGCACCCCCUUAUUACUAAAAUACUAUUUAGGGACUACUUAUUUUGAACUUUCAACUUUGGCACAUGACUAUUUAAUUAAAGCUUUUUCUGACCAAUGGUUUAAUAGCUUUUGCACAAGGCAAACUCUUAUGAAUGAAACUCUGGUGUAGCACCAUGGCAUAGUCAUUAUGCAAGUGACCGGGAAUGGGUGACCAUGACAACGUUUUGCACACAGCAAAUUAUGAUGAUUUAUAAUAUGGACUCUAACGGGUUUUUAAACCUCGAAUUAAAACAUAUUUAUUUAUAUUACUUCUAGGUUCUUUCUAAAACAUAAUUCUUGUAUUUUGAGAAAUAAAAAAAUAUUUUUAAUUAUGAAAAACUUGUUAAUUUGUUGUUUGCUAUUUCUUCUUGCGGAGUUCAAAAGCCGGCAAUUGGUCAUGGGGAUCGAGAUAACUGAGGUUAAAUGGCAAAUUUGGCUGCCUUUUGUGCUCGAGAUAUCAGGGUUCGGUGACAUAAAAGAAUCAACAUAACCGAGGAGAAAAUUCUAAGACAAAGAGAGAAUUAGGCGGUUCCACUUCAAAAGCGUCGACAUAAUAGGGUUGUGGAGUUAACCCAGGUCGAGAUAACCGGUUUCGAUUGUACUAUAAAUAUCCUGUGAUUCUUCUGUCAAAAUAUCUUACCAUUAAGAACUCACUAUUAUAACUCAUGAAGAUAUGACACUUUUUCUUUAGAAUCAACCCAUUGUCAUUGGCCGAGCUCAGUGUCUUUGUUGUUAGGCAGAUUCCAGGUAUUAUUAUCUUGCUUAUUUUAGAACCAAUUAUAGCACAAUCUCUUGUAUUUAUUAAGGUGAAUAAAUUAAAAUCCUUGUGAGUAAAAUAUUUAUUGAUAUUUCUCACUUCAUUUUUUAAAAGCAUAAAUUUACAAUCAUUAAACCUGGUUCUUAUAUAAUGAUCUAUAUAUUUAUAUUUGACGUGUUGAUACAUCUUUGCUAAAAGUUUUGAUUGUAAUGAAAACCUGUUAUUUCUAGAUCCUAAACAAGCUGUUGAAUACCUAGAGAAGAUUAAAGAGAAAGUAAAGGCCAGUGAUGAAGCAAAAGUUUUGUGUAUGACCUCGAUGGGAAUCAUUUACCUUCGUAACAAGGAGUUCCCACCUGUGAAGGUUAAUUUACAUUCUAGUUCAAGGAUAAACAGAGUUAACAUUUAAAAUUUGGCUGAUCUUAAUUAAUGAAUUUGGAAACUUUUGAUGUAAUCUCUGAAUUUUGUGUACUCAAUUAAUUGCUCAUUUAAAUAAAUCUUGUUAUCACAAUUUCUUUAAAGCAUACAAUGAGACAUUAGAAAUAUCUGGAUACUUUACUAAUAUCAAAGAAAAUAAAGGGAAAGCCAAACAUGUACCAAUUGUGUUUAGUCAUCAAAUCAAAUGAGAAUAUUUUAAUUUAAUAUACUUCAUUUCAUUACGCCUCAAUUAGUAAAGGGUGCAGUUGUUUACAAAUUUAAUGUCUCUCUUAAAUUUUUCCAGGCCCUAAUAGAUGAAUGUGAAAAAAUCUUGAACGACAUUGAUGGGGUGACCACAGUCCAUGGGCGUUUCUAUGAACUGACUAGUAACUACCAUAAGUUGAUGGGCAACCACGCACAGUACUACCAAGAAGCUCUUAGGUUUUUGGGAUGCACUGAACUUAAAGUAGGUUGCUUCCCUGCUCUUCUUGUUUAUCUGUUCCCUAAAAAUAAAUAUAUGAUCUUUGAAUAGAAUUGGUCUCAGAGACCAGAAGACAAAGGGAUUAAAUAAUUUAUAAUUGAAAAAAAAAUCAAGAAAAGUUUUUAAAAUAUAAUACAUAAAACGAAAUAAUGUAAACUAUAUGUUAGUUUGUGCCCCUUAAUUUGGGACUAAAGGACCAAUUUUUUUUCAUGCCUUUGGGACUUAAGUGGCCAAAUAAAAUGUUUUUCCACUAUCCUUUAUAAGUUUUUCUUGACCAAUGAAAUUUAGAAAUUUAUGUCUGAUCACUGACUUAAAACGAAAUGUAUAUGACCACUAGCUUAAACAAAGAAUAUUCCAAAUAAUGAUGGUAUUUGUAUUGUCCAGGACAUGCCCAAGGCAGAGCAGGCAGAGCGAGCCUUCAACAUUGGCUUAGCUGCUGUGAUAGGGGAUGGUGUCUACAACUUUGGGGAGCUGCUGGCCCAUGAUAUCCUGGCCUCACUGAAGGGAUCAGACAAGGAAUGGCUCAUAGAUCUUCUCUACGCUUUCAACAGUGGCAAUAUUGACAAAUUUACUGGACUCAAAGACAAGUGGAGUACUCAGGUAGAUUGAUGCCUUUGCAUUGUUUGCCUCAACUGUGAUCAACAGGAAUUGUAAAUAGACUUUAUGUCAUUAAUUUUCACUAGUGUAUCAAUUAUUAUGAGUCAAUUUGAAAGCCAUAGCGCAGGAGCCUUUACUUUAAACCAGCUUAGAAGUUUACCUCAAACUCACUUAAGUGCUCAUAUUAACCUAUUUAACCCCAUAACUGCCAAAUCCAGCCGACACUGAUUGCAACCCCAUGACGGCCCAAUCUGGCUACUCAAUGUGCUGUUUACAUGUUGCUAUAUCAAAAUCAGAAACUAUAUAAAAAAAUUUUGUGGGAGAUUAUUUCACUUUUAAAAAACAUUUUUAUUGAUCGGGCACAAAGUAUUCAUUAUUUUCAGAGCAGAUUUAAUAAAUUAUUUUUUUUGUUAUGAUCAUGAGUAGUCAAGAAAUGCGCCAUACUUUGACUGUUACGAAUUGAACACAACCAAGCAUGGUGAAAUAAUGAAAUGCAGUACAUGUAGCAACCAGUUAUGAAGGCAAAUUAAUUUAUUUCAUAGAAAUAUAUUUAAAAAUAGAUUUGUUGUGAGUUUUUUUUUCUAAACCUGUCUACAUUAAAGGUGGAGUUGUUCCCCCUCUGGCUGGGGCCAUAAAUCAUAACAUGUCUGAGCGCUCAGGAUUGAAUGGGUUAAUAUCCCGAGAUGGAGCCAAUAUCAUUGCCAAAAGAAGAUCAGACCUCAAAGCUCUUGUUUAUUUUAAGAAUUGAAAGACUGCUUGCUCAAGCUAGUGCUAUUCAAUAAUGCCAUGAUAUUUGUAGCUUGAGCAAGCUCAGAUGGGAUUUUUAUCUCAAAAGACAAACUUGUAGAGCUCUGGAAUUCCAAUAAACAAGCAUUCUUUAUUAUAAAUGAUAAAAAUCCAUGCACAGAUAGCCACAAACCAAAUAACUGAUAUCAACCCAAAGUCCAAUUUUACAAGAUAUAAUUUUUGUUAGCAAGUUGAACAUACUAUUCAUAUUUGAAUAUGUGAUUUUAAACAGGAAAUAGAUGCAUUCAAUCAAAAUAUCCUUGAAAGCUUUUUUUUUCUUGUUGUUUCUAGCCUGAUCUGAAGGCAAAUGAAGUUAUUAUGAGGAAUAAAAUCAACCUUCUUUGUCUUAUGGAGGUAAGGGAUUUAUGCUUUAUAAAUAUGAAUAAUUUGAAAUAACGAGCUAUUUGAGAAGGUUUGCACGUAGAGGGGGGUUUGGGUUUUAAAAAAAAAAUUUAUUGGGUGGGUGGGGGGGAUGCUUUUGUUAUGAGUUAAUAAACAGGUUUGCCUGGUUUGGCUCCAUAAGUUUUUUUUUUGUGUGUGUAAUUUAUAUAUAACUAAGUAUGGGGCAAACCACACUGACAGUUUUAAUGAGUUAAAAGGCUUGGAAAGUGUGUAAUGAAGCAGAAGGAAAAUUUCCUAUAGAUUGAUGGGUGCAUUUUUUUGUUUUUUCUUCAUUAAGUAUGUAUUAUUUAUUGGCUGAAGACUAAUGUGUGCUAAAACAAACAAAACCCUGAUCUGUCAUUAAAGAAUGCUUCAUCUUUCUUCAGGUUACUUUCAUCUCUCUUAAACAGAAUUUGUAAACAUAGCUAUUUAUUGAAACUAAUACAUAUUCCACUGUGCUAAAAAAAAUUAACAUAAAACAAACUGUUUCUUUUAGAUGACAUUCCAGCGUCCAGCUACUGACAGGCAGCUGACCUUUGACAAUAUUGCUCAGACUGCAAAAAUUGAGAAAACUCUAGUAAGUUGUACAUCAUGUCUCUUGAUAAUCAUAUCUCUCACAUUUGUCGCUCUGCAUACAUUGCUAUCUGUCAGAUCAGCUCCAUCCGCCCCUACCUCACAGUUAGCGCAACAAAAACCCUAGUCUAUGCUCUUGCUCUCUCUCAUCUUGACUAUUGCAACUCUCUUCUGUCAGGUUCACCAAAACACUUCUUAGAAAAAUUACAAAAGGUUCAAAACUCAGCUGCUAGGCUAGUUAUAAAGGAAAAAAAACGUGAUCACAUCACACCACUACUUCAUUCAUUUCAGUGGCUCCCUGUACAAGCACGGAUUGACUACAAACUCUCUGUUCUCUGCCUUUAAAUUUUUCUUGAAUUCUUGCCCUUCCUAUCUAACUGAACGUCUCUCUGUCUAUUCACCCCUUCGACAGCUUCGCUCAUCUGCAGACACGCAAAUUCUUUCUGUCCCCAAACUCGCACAAAAACAUACAUCUCUUUCUAUGCCCCCCGAACAAUGGAAUUCUCUUCCACUACACAUCCGACCAUCACAGCCUUCAAAACUGCACUCAAAAUACAUCUCUUUAAACUCUACUAUCCUGACUGAUUCCCCCCUCUGACCGAUAAACGAUGUUGCUGGGUGCCGUCCAUGGCUUGAUGUGUAUAUAGUUAUGGAAUGGGUGGAGAGAAUAUACAUUUUAAAAAAAAUUUAAUUAAUGUAUGCUAAUUUUUAAGUUCAUGAUUAUGUUUGUUAAACUGUAUGUAUAGCAUGGUGAACCCAGUCCUAGUCUGGCGUACCGCGCUUUAUAAACUACUACUAAUAAUAUCUUGAAAAAUAUUGUACCGUUUUGCACCUUUAUUAUGACGUCUUUGCUAAGUUAAAAAUGGUUAUUUUUACUAUACAAGAUUCUAGACGCUGAGACAUGGUUUAAUUUUGCACCAACAUUUUUUAAUUUCUGAACAUUUAGUUGAUUUUUCCUUUCACUUCUUAUAUGGGACUGAGCCAUCUUAGAAUACUUCCUUUGAAAACCAAAAUGGUUGUAAAACUAUCUCUUUUUAAAAUCAGGUUGAACUGUUGGUUAUGAAAGCUUUGAGCCUGGGACUUGUCCGAGGGUCAAUAGAUGAAAUAGAACAGAAAUGUCACAUGACUUGGGUACAGCCUCGUGUCCUUGAUCGCCAACAGGUAAAAUGCCUUUAUUAACUCAUUCCAGACCAUUGGGACUAAAUUCAUCAUAGCCACAUAGCGACUCACCUCUGUUAUUUUUAUUUAAAAAUAGCAACAAAAUCUUACUUCCCUUGAGAAUUCCUGUGGUGGUCUGAUGGUGCAUCCUUUCAAUUUAAAAAGUUUUUGUCAUGUUUCACUUUCAAGCUAUGUGUGUUUAAGAACCAAAGGGUCGAUAUCUAGCAUGUGUUUAUCGGAGGUAACAAAAAUAAUUUUUUGGUCAUAGCUCAUUAUUUGUACACUGUUAAUGUCAUAUUCUUAUUAAACUUUUUCAUUUCUGGAUGCAUCUAGCCUUAAUUCAUUAAUAUUAAUUAAUAUUUUAACAGCUUAAAAAUAUUUUACAAAUGACCCUUGAGAGCAAGAAUGUGCUAAGUGAAAAAAUUACCAGCACAGUGUUUUGUAAUUUUCUAACGUUCUAUUAUAAUGAAAUAAUAUAUUCAAUGUACAAUUAUUCUUUAAAUGGCAGCAAUAAUAAGUAGCGUUUUGGGGGGAAAAACAUUUACUGUCGUAUAAAUACAUCUACAUAUGUGACAACUGUUACUGCCCACUAAAUAAAUCUACAUACAUGACAACUUUGGAUUCUGCACUUAGGACAAUCUUGCUCUCCUUGAACAAGUAGCAAAAUGGAUUUACUUCCCUUUCUUGCGUCAGGAAGGACUUAGCUCUGAAAAUCAACCUUGCUUUACAAAAAUGUACUAGUGAAAUCAAAAUAUCUAAUGGCAAAUCCACCAGAUCAUCUCUAAUCAUGCCAUUUUGCUUACUUCUCUCCUUCUCCGCAUUAUUUUUAUAUAAAUUAAAAAAAAAACCAAAGAGACAGCAACUUAAAUUAAUAAAUAUAUGAAUAGAAUUGGUUCACUGACUUUCAGUUGUGGCUUAAGUUCUCAGAGAUCCUCUAAUUCAGGUAACUUAAAUCUAAUACAUUGUCAUUGGUACUAUCUAUUCCACCUUGCAAAACACCUUAGUUGAGGCAGUUGGAUAGCAUGUGUAAAUAGAUACCGGUACACAUAAAAUGCCAGCUGCAACAUAUUUUCAAUAUUGUGUGUGCUUUAUUUUCAGAUUGCAACAAUGCAGAUUCGUCUGGAGACAUUGGGUAAAGAUAUCGGCCAGAUGGAACAGCUGCUAGAGACACAUGCCCAUGAUAUUCUCACAUGAUCUGUUUGGCAUCAAGUGCUUUUAUACAUCUUUGUUUUCGUAUGAAUAGCUUAACAAUUUUGUUUCCAUUUUAAAAAGGUAUCAACAGCUAAUUCUGUUCUUUUAUUUAAUAAAAAUAAAUUGUGCUUUUAAGAGUCUUUUUACACAAAAUAUUUUGAACUUGAAAUGAAGUGAUUGGGUUUAAAUUGUUAUUGUUAGACUAUUACUCUGAAGUUACAAAUCCGCUAGUUCAAAAUAGCCUGCAAACUUAUUAUGUUGUUCACGUGCUCUUCAUUCAUAUCUCAUGUUCAUCAAACUAAAAUAAUGCAAAAGUCAAGAAGCAGGCUGUCAUUUGUUUUGUGUUUUUGUGAUUGGUGUUUCUUUGUAGUUUACCAAGUCCUGAAGAAACUAAGCCUCUCAACUACAAAAUAGUGAAAUAUAAUUAAGACAUCCUGUAUAUCAAAAAAUGUUCUAAGACCCUGACUUUCAGCACCAUGCCUACUCAAGGUAUGACACAGACCAUUUUUGCUUGAAUAAACCAUCAUGCUGUGCUGAAAUAGUUUCUAUGGUCUUUUUUCUGUGACAUCGGGGUCGGUCAUCAGUGGCUGCUGUCACAAUCUACAGUUAUGGACAAUGGAUUGUUCAUUUCUUUUAUGAAUGAAUUAAAUAAAGUGGUUGUGUUGAUUUUGUACAACUGUUUUAAAAAAAAAGGGUUCUAAUGUAAAAAUGUUGUACAAAGUUUUGAGUUUUCCCCACUUAAGAAAGUAAGACCAUGCAAAAAUAAGAUGUUUGACUUGGGCACUGGAAGUUUAUAAGGUUUUUAAAAAUAAAUACUGGAACAACACAAGGAAAUAGUAUAGGAUGGUGAUUUUGAGUUUUGAACAAAUGCAUCCAGUUGGUAGCAUCGUGUAAGUGCAACUAACUUUCUAGAAAUUCCCCAGUUCCUGAGUGUCACUGCCUACAUGCUGUCACUGACUUAAUAUUUGUAAAUAUAAAUUAAAGGACUGCUUUCAAGCUUAGUAAAUGAAUGAAAUAGCAAAACGAGGUAUGUGGAAGCUUGAAAUAAGAUAACAGGACAAAAAACAAGGCCGUUUCGGCAUAAAGCCUUCCUCAGCCAACAGUAGAAAUGAAAAUAUAACAAAGAACAGAGCACAGUAGACAACUUAAGAAGUAUCCAUUUGUGUCGCCGGAAGUGGGAACACAGGAGGCGAGAGAAUAUAAUAUUUGUAGCAAAGUAAAUUGGUCUGAUACAAUCUCAUAGCUAUAUCGCAUGACUAAGCAAUUUGCUAUACUGGUACGCAACUAUAAGUAGCAAUACACUUACACAUGUAAGGGUAAGUGUAAUUACUUGGCUAUAUUCAUACACGAC